GUUGCUUUAAAAGCACGACAAAUUGAGUGCAGUUAGGAUUCUUUUGUGGAUUCGCUGGACAAGAAGUCUUGGGACGGCCUAGAUUUUUGCCUAACUAAGAAAUCUGAUAACGCCAAAUCAAAGAGUAGUUUGUCUGCCUGUCAGCACAGCGAAACACGUCCGUGCUGUAGGGGAACGUGUCAAGUGAAUUUUGACAGAAGUGGUUUCGUCAAUGUGUUGAUCUGAGUCCGAGAAAUGCCGGUGGUAAUAAAAGAAAGAACAAGCAAAUUACCCGUGAACAGAAGUAAGUGAAGAUUUUCCUCAAUAUCACGAUCAAUUUUAAAAAAUGAUGCGUAAUAUUUUAAAGAUGCAAUGAAAAGUGAAAGAAAUAGUUAGAAUGGUGUUUCCGAUGGUGGGGCCUUCGCCCCACAAGGGGGUAGGGACAGUUUGAUUGUUUAGAGGGACAAUUCGACAAUGAGCUGUCUAGCAUUUGAAGACCAACCUUCUGGAGGCACAUGGGAAGUCCCAACAUAGUUUCAAACAUUAACGAAACAUUUUUGGAAAAAGAAUAACCUUAAAAUCUCUGUUUACGGCUCAUACUGCAACUGUCAAUCGUACUCUUAAGGCUACAUUAUAAAUUACUUUACUCAUAGCUUAAUCUUGGGAAAUCAUACGAUAGGAGAGCAUUUAAUGUAACCAUCAAUAUCAGCAUGUUUUAAAAAAGUGUUCUGAAAAAAAAAAGAUGUCAAAGACGUGAAAGCUAUUCCACUCAGUAGCAAUACUGUUAGGAAAAAAGUAGAUUAAAUGAGUGAAGAUUUUGAAAUACAACUUAUUGAAAAGCAGAAGAAAAAAAAAUUCACAGUGCAAGAAAGACAGUGAGGCCGUACUGAUAACUUAAGAUGUAUUGAUGACGGAGAUUUUGCUGAAGAAAUUUUAAUACUGUUCUGUAAAUUAAAAUCAUUAGAAAGCCCCACUACUGCCAGCGAUACAUUUAAUGAGCGAAAAUUACUUAGAUGGCAAUAAUUUACCAAUAAAUAAUUAAUUAGACUCUAUAAUAUUUUGUGACGCAGAUGUUGCUCCUACUCCGAUGUGCAAAAAAAAAUAAAAAUAAUAAAAGGCUGCUUUAAAAGUAUACAAUAAUGGAUAAAAAAUUAAAUGAUAAAUAAUUAAAAUAUUUGAGAAAAUAUUUUAUUUUGCAUUUAACGUAAAGCUCUCCAUUAUAUUUUUAAAAAAAUUACUUACUGUGCUUCCUUAAUUUUUUUUUCGUAAUUCAAUUCAAUGUUUAUAUAUAACAAGGGGGGGGCAUAGGAAUUUUAGAAAGGCUUAGGUGGGGCAUGACAUAAAAAUGGUUGGUAAACAUUGAGUUAGACCAGUGGUUCUCAACCUUUCUAAUGCUGCGACCCCUUUUUUAUACAGUCCUCAUGUUGUGGCGAACCCCAAAAAUAAAAUUAUUUUCUUUACUACUUCAUAGCUGUAAUUUUGCUUCUGUUAUGAAUCGUAAUGAAAAUAUAUGAUAUGCAGGAUGUAUUUUCAUUGUUACAAAUUGAACUUAAUUUGUGAAAGCAUAGUGAAAUCACAAAAAAACAAUAGGUAAUUAUAUAUUGUGAAAUAUUUAUUUCUAAUUACAAAUAAAUGAGAUUUUGUCUUAAAGCAUAGUGUAGCAUUGGUAUGUCUUAAUACAACAACAGUAAACUAUAUUGAUACAUUUUGCGACAGUAUGCGUAAAGAGUCAACGUCAUUGCCAAGGGUAAGAUUGCUUCUUUCUUACAGAUCAGAAAUGCUUGGGGCAGUCUUUGCAAGGGCACAACGAACAUGAUCUUCGACAACAAGUCUACAUUUAGAUUUGAUUACCAGCAAGCUGGAAAACACUGUUUCAGAAAGAUAUGUUGUUGGAAAUGGAUGAAGAGGGCACAACACGGUCUCAGACAGAACAGGAAAUGACUACAAACACUUGAUCCGGAAUUUUGUGACUGGCAUUGUAGAGAAAUCAGCUCUCACUGCAUCGCUGUUAAUAAGUUCAAUUAACUCCUCUUGUGUUGACUCAGGAAGAUCUUCAACUUUGACAGUGAAUGGACUUCUGGCAAGUGCAAAUGGACUGUCAGGUAGAUUUGGAAAAUAAGAUGAAAUUUCGUCUGCAAGCAUGUGCAAGUGUUCCUUCACAAUUCUUUCGUCUCGUUCAAUGUGAUGUCCCUAAAAAACAACAACAACAGACAAGAUAGACAACAUGUAAAUUUUAUUUUCAUCCAAUUUUUUUUUUUUUUAAAGCUGAAAUUUCUUUUGGAAUUAUCGCACCUUUUCAGAAAAAUCGAGGCAUCUUGCAUUGGGUCCUUGCAGUGAUAAAUUAACUCAUUCAAGAUGGCAAAGAUGUCAACCAAGUAAGCUUUUUUCUGCUGUUCAAUUUUCUCACUAAAAUGUGCUCCGAACUGCGGCCUUGCUUUCUGAUUGAAAAAACAUGAUGAGUUCAUCACGAAGCUCAAAAACACGUUUUCAAGCGUUUCCUUUGGACAACCUUCUCACUUCAAUGGGAAAUAGCAGAGCAUUGUUCGACACAUCAACUCGUUGCACAUUUGCGAAAACAGUCGACUGUUUAAAGUGAUCGCCUUUACACAAUUGACAGAACUUUUGACACUUUUCAUUACUUCUUGUAACUCUUGUGGUAGCGUCUUCUUUAAUAAUAUUUGCCGAUGAAUCAAUCAGUGAGUUCUGAUGACUUUUGGUGACUCAUUCAGGAACAAACGUUAAAAUCCAGUUCGACAUCCUAGCCUAGCUGGAGCACCAUCUGUGAAAACACUACAAACCUUUUCCCAAGAGAUGUAAUGGUAGACAUCCUAGCCUAGGUAGAGCACCCAAGUCUAAGAGGCCAGCUCUAAAACAAUCUUAUUAAAUUUUUAAAAAUCUAUAGCUAAACGGGAAUGAAUAAUAUUCUCUCCUAAAUUACUUUGUAUUACAGAUAAACUAAACUUGCCUUAGAUUUUUUUAUUUUUUCCCCCCAGAUACCAUGACGCCAAAGCUACUGAUUAAAUGUCCAGCUAAAAAGUCCCUGGUCGCAGGUUUCUUAGCAGCGACGGUGUUGGCUUUCACUGGGUGGUCGAUUCAAUGGAACCCAAAUAGUUUAUUUGUACAAACGUUUAUGGCAUCCGACGAGUUGCAAAAGGUGAAACUCUCGUGUCCAGGCGUGCUGGACAGGAUGCUGACUGGACGCUGGGAUCUUAAGAACCACUCGGCCAAAGAAUUGGAAGAGGUGGAGAUAUUCAUGAGCAAAACGAGGGCGUACCACAAGCUGCCCCCAACUCUACAACGUGAGGAUAAGAAAUGUGGUAGGUCAGGUGGUCACUCUGGGAAUAUCCGGUACAUUUGUCUUUUAUUUUCAUAGUCAAGCAUGACCUGAUAUGUGUGGGGAAAUUCUCUAUAAGAUUGUCCAUCAAAAACCAUAUUGUCUUUAACAAAUUAGUGAAAGUUAUGUCCAAGAAAGUUAUGUAUUCAAAUAUUCGGUAGUACAAGAGUUGGACACUUAAUGUGUUCCAGUAUUUCGUGAUGUCAUGAGAACUCCAAAGAGGUGUAAAUACAGUAGAGCGCCGAGUUUACAAACUAAUGGAAACAUGGGGUUUUACGGAGAACCUAUUUUUAGAUAACCAAACACUCCAACGGAGAUGUUGUGUUAAAGAAUUUAUUGCCUAAGUGCAAUAAUAAAUAUAUAUUUGUGGCCGUGUUGUGGUGAUAGGACGUCGGACAGUCUUAAAAUAUACACUCAAUAAAUUCAGGACUCGAGAGGACUAUGGCUUUAUUUGGUUCUAUAAACAAUGCCAAAGUAAAAUCUGAAGAAAAAUUCCAAAGAAAAAGGACUAUACCCGAAAAGACACAGGUAGUACAGGUUAACAAGGUCCGGACUAAUAUCGAAUUACACUGCUAACAAUGAACAUGUUAAAUUACUAAGUAUCUACAGAUUAUGACAAUAAACACCUAUUGAUGCAAAUGAUACACACAUGGCAAUUAAAAUGAUAUUGUUGUAAUAAUGUCCAACUAUAAACUAAUUCACGUGGCAUGGUGUAACUCGCAGCACGCACACUGUCUUACAUGUCGAACCAGUGUGAGAUGUGAGGGCUAACAUAAGGGUAUCGAGUCGAACCAGUGUGAGAUGUGAGGGCUAACAUAAAGGUAUCGAGUCGAACCAGUGUGAGAUGUGAGGGCUAACAUAAAGGUAUCGAGUCGAACCAGUGUGAGAUGUGAGGGCUAACAUAAGGGUAUCGAGUCGAACCAGUGUGAGAUGUGAGGGCUAACAUAAAGGUAUCGUGUCGAACCAGUGUGAGAUGUGAGGGCUAACAUAAAGGUAUCGUGUCGAACCAGUGUGAGAUGUGAGGGCUAACAUAAAGGUAUCGUGUCGAACCAGUGUGAGAUGUGAGGGCUAACAUAAAGGUAUCGAGUCGAACCAGUGUGAGAUGUGAGGGCUAACAUAAAGGUAUCUAGAUUUUUAUAUACUGUCGCCCAUGUAUGGUGCCUAUGUAAGAUCCACCCAUAUCAGGACAGUUACUACAAUGGUACAAAGUAUGAUCACCGUUACUUUGACACGUGUAGUAUCAAGGAAUCGCUUGGUCUUUUUAAGACAACAUCUUUUUGCAGAAUGUCUUAUUAUAUUGCUACAGCUGGUAAUAUCAUCCUUACACUUCCAACAUUUCUUAUGUGAUAAUUUAGCACAAGGCAGAAUUGGUAGCCUACUACACAUACUUUACUCAUAUUCGCUGGUUGGAUACUGUUGUAUCAAUCGCUUAUAAGUCAUUUGCAGUAUGUGUAACCAGAACGAUAUAACGGUUAGUUUUACGCUCACGAACACACUGAUAUAUAAUUCAAUUUAAUAAUUCAGUUGAAGGGUGUAUGUUCGACCUUCAAAAUAGCAUGGCUAUAAGUCAGUUGGACGGCUGUAGGUUAAUCCGUCACAAUAUCAUGGUAAUAUGUCAUCUGGACGGCUGUAGGUUCAUCCUUCAUAAUUUAAUGGUUAUAUGUCAUCUGGACGGCUGUAGGUUCAUCCUUCAUAAUUUAAUGGUUAUAUGUCAUCUGGACGGCUGUAGGUUCAUCCUUCAUAAUUUAAUGGUUAUAAGUCAUCUGGACGGCUGUAGGUCCAUUCUUCAUAAUUAAAUGGUUAUAAGUCAAUGGGAUGGUGGUCCAUCCUUCACAAUAUCAUGGUCAUAAGUCUGAACAAAAAACUUCCAUUAUUGCCACCUAACAAUCGCAUUACUUUAAAACAUCCAGAACGGUGCCGGUGUACAAUGCCACAGCUCAAGAAUUCGAUUAAAGCUUUCAAUGCCAAUACCUUGUCGCGCGGACAGACUAGAGAGCAUGUACGUCACACCAAGACCAAGACGGCCCACUACUUGUCUUCAGGCAGAUUUCCUGUGGUGAAUUAGACCAUUCCUAGCGACUUUAACCUGAAUAACAGUUAAAAUCUCGAACCAACACCCUAAAGACUUAUAUGUGUCUGUACGCGCCCUGUCUCGGUUAUCCAAGACACACUCUAAAAUUUGUACAAGUGAAAUAGUUAAAUAUAUAUUUUUUUAAAAAAGAAGGGGUUGUGACUCCGCAAAGGAGGAAUGUUAAAACUCCCUUUUUUGUUUUUGUUUACUAUUUAAUGCCCUCUAAAAAUGUGGACAUGCAAGCAUACUGUUGUAAAGAUAAUACAAUCUCCUUUCCGACAAGAUCUAAGUUAUAAAGUAAUACCCAAGGGUUACCGAGAAAUAAAUUAUGAAACUUAUCCCAAGAGCGCACAUUGCGGUUACCCAAAUCUAAGCAUUAUACGCGACCCCGGGGGGGGGGGGGGGGGGGGCAACGUUAAUGCCGUGUAGUACAUAACACUGUCUGGCACGCAUGUUUCGGUCUGACUUUAGGAAAUGAGUAUUUUUAUUACUCUACUUCAUGCACAAGGAAAGUGUUUCAUUUCUGCUUCCAUGUGGAAUAACAGGAAAAAUUGGUCUCAAAUGAGCACCGGAAAGAAAUAGCCCACCUCCAAAUAGUUUUGUUGCAAGAGAAUUGCUUCUCUUCGGCGAAGGGUUUCUAUGCAGUGCGUCAACUGUAUUUACUCCAUGUAGUGGUGCCAUUGAAGCAUCAUCUAAGAUGAUCACUUUUGAUUUUCUAAAAGAUCAUUUGACCUCUAAGUCCCACGUAGAAAAUUAGUUUGGUGUAGCUUUUUUUCUUUCUUUCUUUUCUUUUCUUUUUUUUAAAUAUGCAGCUAGAAAUAAAAUGUGGGACCUUCUGCCUCCCUCAAGCAAAGUUGCUGCUAUGUCUGUAUAUGCAUAUGGCAAGAUUAAUUUAUUUUUACUUACGCAUGUAGUGCAUGCCCGUGUUGUAAAGGUUUUACCACUUCUGCAAGGCCCAUCAACAAAGAAUGACACUUUCCGUACGUUAAGGUUUUCAAUUGCGUCCCUGAUUUUGUCAAAAGCCUUUCUUCGCCCUAGCUUUGAACCUUUUCUUCGGACAUAUUUUUUUUCGGGAGUUGGAGUCGGAAAUAGGGUGGUAAUAUUUUCCAGAAUUGAUUUGCUUGUCUUAGUUGUCGUCUGCCAUGUUCUAUGCCAAUAUCCGCCAAUCAGACAAAUUCUCCAUGGUAAGAGAACCAAAAUACUAAGACUUUUUUCGUGCAUGAAGAAUAUUAAGUGAUGGAAAAAUAUUCAGUUCUUAAAGGCAGACUAAAGCAUACGUGACAUUUGGGACAAUGUCUCAACAGAACACAUUCUCAUUUUUCGAUUUCUUUUUAAAACUUGGCAAUGGAAAACUCCAAGAGCCUGGACUAGAGGAAGGCAUCUACGAAAUUCGUCCAGUCUGAAUUGAAAAUGUUUGUAUUUUUUAUGGUGUGUUUUAUGAAGCCAUACAAUCAAGAGAUGACAGUAUUGCUAACCGCGCAAUCCUGGAUCCAAAAACACAAACAAAUUAGAAAUAAAAAACUAAUCCAACAAUAUAUAUAUAUAUAUAUAUAAUAUAUAUACAUGUAUAUAAACAAAGUAUACUUUUAACUCGAAUAAUCUUUUUCCUUUCAAUUCACUGUAUCGUCAUCCAAUCUAUGUUUGCUUAGCCUAACAAUAACAGCGUCCAAUGAAAUGAAAGCAAAACUAAUCUUCUUAAUCUAUUCACCGCGAAACAAAUUUUCUUCCUUCUUGGUCAUACUCCAUAUAAAAUGCUGUGAUUAAUAUAUUAUGUGGUCGGACCACUUUAAACAUGCUCAAAUGAAUAUGUUAAGUUGCAUCAAAGGAAGUUUCCAUUUGCCUGAAUCUUUUCUCUUCUUAAAUAUUUUUACCCCAAAUAGGAUACAUGAAAAUAAAAUCUACUUCAUAAUACUUUUUGUCUCUUGUCUAGAAAUGUUGCAUUUCAUUGGAGAUCCCCGACCUUGUCCUCGCUACCCAAACUUUUUGCCGCAUAUUGCAAGGAAAAAUCUCUGAAGUUUGCUGAAAAAGGCGUUCUCUGAAUAAAGAAAAAAGUGCCACCCGGGGCGAACCACCCCUCCAAAACCUUUCCUACCGCACUGCUUUGACGUCAGAUUAUUUCUUUCCCAGGUAACAUAAAUUUCCCCGGCACAAACUGGCAUGGAGCAGUAUGUAACCCUAAAGGCGACACCCCGUGCUGCAUGAAUAACUUUUGUGUCAGUAAAACGAUCCACGAGUGUCAAUGUCCAGAAUGUCUUGACAUGAGACAACAGAUCCAUGCCGAGUUUGCCACCUGGAUACCUGCGGACCCUACCUGUCAGGUGAGCCGUGUCUGUUAAUGAUAAGUCGUAUAUAAACUUUUGAUGGAGCACUAAUGCAGUGUAAUUUAUGUUAAAAGCUGAAAUACUGUGUUGCGAUGAAUUGGUUGGAACUAGGGUUUUCUCCCGGGAUCCCGCACGACUUUUUAGUAACUAAUGACUUUCCGGAAAUCCCGGACGCACACUUUUAGAAUACGAUUAUUAUUAUUAUUAUUAUUAUUUUUUUUUUUUAAAUUUAACAACAGACAGUGUGUCACAUAUUGUCACUAUAAAGACCCGUUAACAAGAUCUAGUUAACUGUGCUGAAUUUAUAAGUUCAGUACCUCUAUUACACAGGUUCUCUGGCGUUUUCAAGCCACGACCACAUUCAUAUUGAAGCAAAGUACCUUUACUACGAUGAAUUUAACCAAUUUAAAAGAAUGUUAUUAUUUUAUUUUUUUCCAGCAUAAUUUUAUUGGAGCCAUAUUUAAUGUCAAGACUAAAAUUUUAACUCACUCUUUGGGGACGCCAAUUAAAUAGAAAACAAUUUUUAAAAAAAAUCACCAAUUCUCUUUUUCAAGUGUUUUUUGCCGGUGACCCCCCCCACCCCCUACCACAAAAAUCCCUCUGAAACCCAAUAUGACGCCACCUCCCAUGGGCGGGAAACCUGUGCUCGGGUAACUUUAUUACACGAAGAUGUCCAUGUGUCAGACUAGAGUAUCUCUUAUUUCCAAAGUCAAAAUAGUAAGAAAUUUACUUUUUUAAAUGCAGUUUAGUCUGAUGUUAUAUAUAUAUAUAUGUUACGCCAAAGCCCGAAGUUCGGCCAGUUCCCGAAUCGGCCAGUCAUUUCGCACUUUGACCGAGGCGUGUGGCUAAUGUCCGAUUUAUUGGAAGUGGCCAGUGUAUAUGCUAUUUUGGUCGGAAACUUCUGGAAGGGGCAAAAAAAUCCCUGGCCAAUAUUCGAUGUGCGGAUGCAGGACUGUCCGGUAGUCACUGCUAUGUAAUUCGAAAUGCAUACAAGUCCAUCUUGUUGUAACAAGUGAUGUUACAGAUUGAUACUUUACUAAAAUAAACUAAUUUGAUGGAUUUUCGUAAUUUAGUAUAUUAAUAGUCGAUAUAAUGUGAUUAUCAUUACGGUAUACAAACACUCAAAAUCUACUCAUGACCUUUUUCUUCCGACUUUGGCCGAUCGCCCCAUGCCAUUUCGCAAACUGGCUGGCCAAAUCCCGAAAUCCAGACAAGAUCGUACAUUGGCCGGUCAAUGUGAAGCGAAAUUUGCCAUUUUCCAGAUUUGGCCGGCCAGUUCCCGCUUAGGCCAAUUUCGGGCUUUGGUCAUAACAAAUUUGCCGGCCAGUUCCCGCUUACGGCCAAUUUCGGGCUUUGGUCGUAACAAAUUUGGCCGGCCAGUUCCCGCUAAGGCCAAUUUCGGGCUUUGGUCGUAACAAAUUUGGCCGGCCAGUUCCCCCUUAGGCCAAUUUCGGGCUUUGGUCGUAACAAAUUUUCCGGCCAGUUCCCGCUUAGGCCAAAUUUGGGCUUUGGUCGUAACAAAUUUGGCCGCCAGUUCCCGCUAAAGCCAAUUUCGGGCUUUGGUCGUAACAAAUUUGGCCGGCCAGUUCCCGCUUAGGCCAAUUUCAGGCUUUGGUCGUAACAAAUUUACUCUUUCGUUUAUAACGAACUUUUAAAUAUUUUCUAACUUGACAGUCUGUGCCAUCCCAUUCAGGUCUGUGCCAUCCCAUUCAGGUCUGUGCCAUCCCAUUCAGGUCUGUGCCAUCCCAUUCAGGUCUGUGCCAUCCCAUUCAGGUCUGUGCCAUCCCAUUCAGGUCUGUGUUAUCCCAUUCAGGUCUGUGCCAUCUUAUUCAGAUAGUGCAUGGCUCAACAAGAAAUGAUUUGGUUGGGUCACCAGGUCAGAAGUUCAGGGCAAGAGGAAGACCCCCUCCCAGGCGUAACACCUUGCGGCAAUGCAAGAGGAAGACCUCCUCCCAGGCGUAACACCUUGCGGCAAUGCAAGAGGAAGACCUCCUCCCAGGCGUAACACCUUGCGCAAACCGUCAACUAUACCCCCGCCCCCGGUAAAAGCGGGCAAAAUAGAAAAAAAAGGAAGUCAGAAGAAAGCGAACCUAAACACUUAAUGCGAACAUUGUUGAACAGCAGAUGAAAUUAUGGGAUGUAUUUUUUUUUGGCCGGUGGGGACAUGUGUCCUUUCAAUUUAUUAAAUCAAUUUAUUAAAUAAUCAGUUCCCCGAUUCCCAAACGUUAAUCGCGAAGGGAUAUUCGUGGGUUCGCCGGCGAAACAGUAAGCUGAUUAAACAAAAAAUGAUUUUAAACAAGUUUCAUAUUGAAUUGGUUUCUUAAAGUUUCGACAAGUAUAAUAUUCCCGUUGUUUUUUUUCAUUUGAAUUUGAGAAAAAAGAAAAGAAAUGUUGAUAGUUACAUGAGGUUGGCGUUACUGAAAUGUUGAUAGUGACAUGAGGUUGGAGUAACUGAAAUGUUGAUAGUGACAUGAGGUUGGCGUUAGGCCUACUGAAAUGUUGAUAGUGACAUGAGGUUGGCAUUACUGAAAUGUUGAAAGUGACAUGAGGUUGGCGUUACUGAAAUGUUGAAAGUGACAUGAGGUUGGCGUUACUGAAAUGUUGAUAGUGACAUGAGGUUGGCGUUACUGAAAUGUUGAAAGUGACAUGAGGUUGGCGUUACUGAAAUGUUGAAAGUGACAUGAGGUUGGCGUUACUGAAAUGUUGAUAGUGACAUGAGGUUGGCGUUACUGAAAUGUUGAUCGUGACAUGAGGUUGGCGUUACUGAAAUGUUGAUAGUGACAUGAGGUUGGCGUUACUGAAAUGUUGAUAGUGACAUGAGGUUGGCGUUACUGAAAUGUUGAUAGUGACAUUAUGUUGGCAUUGCUGAUAACCCGACGGCGAAUUAUUGACAUUUCAAUCAUGAAAUUUAAAUUUUAGGCAAUGAAAAUUGUACAUUAAAAAAAACAUAAUUGUGAAAAAUAUUUUUUUAAAGUGUUUCGUUUAACCUUAUUAAGGAGCGGGUCGAGGGUUACUUUGUUUGAAUAAUAUGGGUCGCAAUUUUAAAAAGUUUUGAGAACCUGUGAAUUAGAUAAAAUAAAAUAAAUAAUACUGGAAUGGCUAUUUAAAUAUAAUGUAAAUUACCCGACAUUUUGUAGGUGAAAUUCCAGAAAGAUAUACCUUCCACCCUUUUUGUAGAAAACUCUUUGACGCCAAUGAGAUUCUUCAGAAAACAUCAUGUUUCGAUUCUUUAUCAUAAUAAUGUUGACAAAGUGUUCUUCUUUGCUUCUCCCGACUUGCAGAUGUCUCAGUUUACUCACCUAAAAGAUGUGUGUAGAGUGCUCCUCAACAAGACCAUCUACUUGAUAGGCGACUCCUACAUGCGUCAGCUGCAUAUGUCACUGCUGACCUUGCUGAGACACAGCCAGAAUAGAAGCAUCCUUCGAGAUGACGUGUCUCAAGGUCAGUUGGAAGAGUAGAACGUAAUUCAUUUUAUAAAGUAAAAUAAUAUAAAGAAGAGAUGUUAAAUAAAGCAAGAAGUUAGCACAAGGGCCGGCAACCAACAGUUUCAGACGGAUGAGUUGCGGAUUCCUAUUUAUUCGUAAUCAAUAAUAAAAUGACGUUAUGUUUAUAAUCUAAUACAAGCACGCGUCUAAUUUGUUUAGGCAUCUGUAACGACACACAAUGCUUUGUUUAGUCAUAUAUAAUGACAUACAUCGCUUUGUUUAAGUAUAUGUAAUGGCAUGCAUCGCAUUGUUUCGGUAUCUGUAAUGACAUACAGCCCUUUGUUAUCUGUAAUGGCAUACAGCGCUUUCUUUAGUUAUCUGUAAUUAAAUACAGCGCUUUGUUAUCUGUAAUGACAUACAGCACUUUAUUUAGGUAUGUAUAAUGUAAUACAGCGCUUUGUUUAGUUAUCUGUAAUGACAUACAACACUUCGUUUAGUUAUCUGUAAUGACAUGCGGCUCUUUGUUUAGUUACCUGUAAUGACAUACAACACUUCGUUGAUUUAUCUGUAAUGACAUGCGGCUCUUUGUUUAGUUAUCUGUAAUGACAUGCGGCUCUUUGUUCAGUAAUUUAUAAUGGAAUUCGCAACCAUCGAUGACGAGGUUAACCUUAGCAUUGCAAGAACCAGUUAUACCUAUUGCAAAAUGUCUAACAAUGUAUGAACCAGGAAUGGUAUCGACACUCAAACUACAACGAAACUCUACAAGGCGGCUGUGCUCCGCACUGUUCUUUAUGCAUGUGAAAUUGUGCAAAACGUCAUGCAAGAAAGCUUGAACCACUUUCACACAACAAGCCUCAAAAAAAUCCCUCACGUCAAAGCCAGGAAAGGGUCGCAGACACUGAGGUUUUCGCACAGACAGGUGUCCUCUGGAUUGUACAAUUGGAUGUAGUCCCAGCUUCUGGUUCGGGCAUGUUUUGAUAAUGUCAGGUGACGGCUUGCUCAAACGAUUAUUUUAUAUGGCAAAAUCAAGCACGGAAGGUAGCUUCCUGAAGGACAGAAGAACCAUAUUGAAGGCAAUCUAAAAGUCUCAUUUAAGGAAUUUGAUAUAAACACUGACACAGGAUAAGAUUUGGCAAGGGGUCAAGCAUCGUGGCGUUCUUUUGUUACACACAGGCUCCAUACAAAAUAAAGCGAACAGAACAACAGCUGCAUAGCAAAAAAAAAAAGAGUUGACCCAUCCAUUCCUUGCACCCACUGCCCAACGUGCCAGACUCGGGCUAAUCAGCCAUCUGCGCACCCACCGACAGAAUCAACGAUAAGCUAACACUGACACAGGAUAAGAGUUGGCAAGGGGUCAAGCAUCGUGGCGUUCUUUUGUUACACACAGGCUCCAUACAAAAUAAAGCGAACAGAACAACAGCUGCAUAGCAAAAAAAAAAAAAGAGUUGACCCAUCCAUUCCUUGCACCCACUGCCCAACGUGCCAGACUCGGGCUAAUCAGCCAUCUGCGCACCCACCGACAGAAUCAACGAUAAGCACGAAUCCUAAAGCUUAAAAUGGUUGUGACCGACCUCAUUUGACAAAAUAACAUAAUGACAUCCGGCUCUUGUUUUAGUAAUGUGCAAUGACACGCGACUCCUUUGAGUCAUAUAUGGCAAAUUGUUUAUUCACCUCUCAUAUGGCAAAUUGUUUAGUCAUCUGUAAUGACAUGCUGCUGUUUGUCUAGUUUUCUAUAACGACGUGUGCCUUUUGGUCAUGUGUAAUGACAUGUAAUGUAGAGACCGACCGAAUUUCGGCUUCGGUUUCGGCGCCGUAAGUUGCCAUUAUGUCACUUUCGGCCUAGUUUUGGUUUCGGCCAAAACUGAAAAGUUAAGUUUUGGUUUACUUUCGGUUUCGGCCGAAAGUGAUUGAGACUUUCGGUCGUAUAGCCGAAAGUGAAAAAUGCCUUCGGUCUUCUACCAGAUGUCAGAUUGUCACUCUGACGGCUGGCAAUCCAAUAUUAAUGAUUGCGCGAUGUAUUGCUAUCAUUGGUAACAUAUUACAAAUAAUUUGCGAACACUGUUCACAGCUUCAUGAUGAUUGACUUGUCCAAUAUUUUAAGAAAGGAAGUUUAAAUAAAGCAAAAGGAAUGGUAAAUAGUUUUGUGAAAACAAAACUAUGGAGAAUGGUAAUAUUUAUAUUAUUAUUCUUGAUUUUUUCUUAAAAUUGGGAAAACUAGGCUUAUUUAGGUCAUUUAUUUGUGAAAUACAUUUUGAUUUAUCAUUAUCUUGCUCAUAAAUCUAGUCAUAGUCCAAGGUAACUAGCAUUGUGAGAGAAAAAUCUUAUGGAAUGGUAAUAUUUCCUUUUCGGCCGAAACUGAAAAGUUCAGUUUCGGUUUACUUUCGGUUUCGGCCGAAGGUCAUUUUUAACUUUCGACCUUGUUUCGGUUUCGGCCAAAAUCAGAAAAAAAAACUUUCGGUUGGUCUCUAAUGUAAUGUGUCUCUUUGUUAAGUGAUAUGUAAUGUGUCUCUUUGUUAAGUGAUAUGUAAUGUGUCUCUUUGUUAAGUGAUAUGUAAUGUGUUUCUUUGUUAAGUGAUAUGUAAUGUGUCUCUUUGUUAAGUGAUAUGUAAUGUGUCUCUUUGUUAAGUGAUAUGUAAUGUGUCUCUUUGUUAAGUGAUAUGUAAUGUGUCUCUUUGUUAAGUGAUAUGUAAUGUGUCUCUUUGUUAAGUGAUAUGUAAUGUGUCUCUUUGUUAAGUGAUAUGUAAUGUGUCUCUUUCUUAAGUGAUAUGUAAUGUACCGCUGCUAUUUUUUUGUUAGUAUCUGUAAUGAGAUUCGGCUUUUUAAAUAGUUAUCCCUGAUGACUCCCAUGCAGCUCCCAAAAUAUUUUUUCAAACAGGAAUGCCGACCCUGAGUUAACAACUUUAGUAACAAUUUCCGCAUGGUGUACGUUCCUGAAAUUUCCACAAAAGAGGAUGCAGUGCGUUAAUACGUAUGUCACACCAGGGCGUCACACCAGGUGACAUCUCACAGAGGGUAAAAACCAAGUGGACAAUUGAAAAUCAGACAGAGCUACUCCUGUUAGUUAUUAGACCAAGCUACUCCUGUUGGUAAUUAGACCGAGCUACUCCUGUUGGUUAUUAGACCGAGCUACUCAUGUUGGUUAUUAGACCGAGCUACUCAUGUUGGUUAUUAGACCGAGCUACUCAUGUUGGUUAUUAGACCGAGCUACUCCUGUUGGUUAUUAGACCAAGCUACUUAUGUUGGUAAUUAGACCGAGCUACUCCUGUAGGUAAUUAGACCGAGCUACUCAUGUUAGAAUCUAAUAACAUAGAUUUCAUUUGAUGAACAUCUAAAAUGUUCGCCUCUUUCCAUUCUCAGCUGAUGCAGCAAAAUGUGACAAAUAUUACAUGUAUUUUUCCCAAUGCAGAGGACUCAUCAUUCAGGACUUAAUGGAAUGUAAUAAUACAGUAAGAAUCAUCAUUUACAAUGCGUUUGACUUACUUUAAGCAUUGCGUCAACCCUAUUGAUAUUUAUUUAAAAAACUUUUUGGUUUCUAGGUUUAUAUUUGCCGUUUCAUGGAAAUUUCGAUAUUUUAUUUCGUGCAAUUUUGAUUCCAAGUAAGCAAAUGUAAUUUUACUAUUAACAGAGUCGACUGUCACAGAAUCGCGUCUUGGUUUAGCUCAGAAUCGAAUGAAGUCAAGAAUUUUACGAUCAUGAUAUAAAGCAACGCAAUUAUAAAUAAAAUAUUUUUUUUAAAAAAUCAACUUUAAAAAAUGCGCUUUUCUAAAAAUGUAUUAAAAGAGAUAGAAGAAAUGCCCCCCCCCCCAAAAAAAAAAUAAAAAAAAAAAAAAAAAAAAAAAAAAAAAAUAAAAAAAAAUAAAUAUUUUUUUUAAAAAAUAAAAUUUAAAAAAUGCGCUUUUCUAAAAAUGUAUUAAAAGAGAAAGAAGAAAUGCCCCCCCCCCCCAAAAAAAAAUAAAAAAAAUAAAUAAAUAAAUAAAUAAUAAUUAAAUAAUACAUAAUUUAGAGAUGUUAGAGCCGUAUGACUAAAAAAUGCGUGGGGCGCCCAUGAAAUAGAAUGAUCUCGUAUGGCUGUAACAACUCUGAAUUUUUGGGGCAUAUUUAUUUUAUACAUUUUUAAAAUUCGUGUUUAAAAGCUAAUUUUUUUAAACAUUAUUUUAUUUAGUAGUUUUUGGUUUUCGAAGAUUCAAUUAAAAAUCAGGAAGUAGGUUGCAACAUGAGACUAACAAAGCGUGGCAUGCCGAUAGAUUGCAAACACAUGAAAGGUCAGCGGUGGCCUUUCUGUGGUUAAAUAUUUGCUGUCAUCGUUGAUUGCAAUCGGGAACGAGGAACCAUGAUUACAGAAAUGCUGUAGUGGAAGCCCCAUGCUCCUUCAAGUUCCGUUUCUUCGAUAUCCACAGGGGUCACUGAAAGGUCAGUGGAGGUCACUGGUGACUUAAUAUCAUGAAGCGUUGUAUAGCCAUCAGGUGGGGGGGGGUAGGUGUACAAAAUUUCAGCUCCUCUGGACAUCAGGAAGUGGGUCAAAAUUAAGAUGUAAGAUUCCACCAGAAACAAACGGACAGAGCAACCAAAUAAUAACUAUAUAUAUAUAUAUUUUUAUAGUUAUAGUUAUAUAUAUACAUAUAAACAAUUCACAUGACAAUGACAGUACGUUCUCACGCUUUUAAAACUGCCUUUUGAUCAGGUCAAACUGUUCAGCGAAUCCCUCUGGAAAGCAGACCAGGCCAAUGAGAUUCUCAAACACGUAGAAACGCUCCUCGGAAGGGAGAACGCUUGGUUCAUAUUUGGUAUAGGUUUCCAUGACAACCUUAAUGUGGGCGCGAUAAAAACCAAAGUAAGUCGCAACUUAUAAACCACUACACUUCUGGCUUGUUCGGAUCUUCUUGUUUUCUUUAAGAUUUAGUGGUGGCCGUUUCACGUAUCCUGUUCCUGUACUUUAAGGUACGAAAGUAAUUUGUUAAAAACGUCACCGGUGACGUCAUUUUAAAAGUCAUUUGUAUCGUCUUAGAAUUAAAUCCUCGACGACUAUUUUCAUUUCACUGUUGAUGCAAUACCAUUUUUACAGAUUAUGUAUUAUUUUUAAAUAUAAUUUAUAUCCAGAGUAUUCUUUUAACAGGUGCUCGAUCCAAUUUUCAAACUAUUAUCCAAUUCAACUUGGCCUAAAAUGAUAUGGCUGGCUGUCCACGCUCCUGGACUCCUGAAAACACCCCUUCAUCCAAAACAACGAACGGCUAAUAUUUUGGAAUACAAUACCAAGGUGAAGGCCAUCAUGGACCGAAAGGGAAUUCCCGUAUUGAAUUUCUUCGAACUGACAAAAGGGACAAUGAGUUAUGACGGCAGUCAUUAUGGGAAAGGGAUAAAUGAUGUGAAAGUUCAAAUUUUAUUGAAUUUUCUACGAGAACAAAAUUAUAUUCAUAAAAUUAAUCCCUGAUAAUGUGAGAUAGCCAUAACUUAAGUAAUUAAUUAAUUAUUAAACAUGUGUAAAGCAUGUGUGGAACAAAGAUAAUCUGUUGUAGCAAUAGAGGAAACGUUCAAUAUAUAUACGUGACUAUUCAGGCUGUGAUGAGGGACUUAAUGAGAAAAUGAGAAACAUAUUGCACAAAUAUGUCACAGAUUCUGACUAAUAAAUGGAGAAUGCUGUACAGCUGUUUAUUUACUUGUCUGUCUCAUGCGUGUCAGGAGUUUUGACCAGGGCCGGACGUAAGUUUGCUGAGGCCCUGAGCUGUACAGAGUCCAGAGUUCCCCUUCAGUUUUAAACUACAUCAGCUGGUCAAAGAAAAGUUUAAAAUAUAUAGCCCUAUACAUAAAUGGAAAUAUAUUGUCUUAUAUUGUUUUAUUCAAACAAUUAUUAAGAAUGUAUUUAAAAAAUCACAGAAAUAUUUCUAUUAUAUAAAUCUCUAAAAUGCUCCAAGCUACAACGUGAAAAAGUAUUUAUUUCUUGAUUGUUCAAAAUUAAAAUAAUUGAUUACGUCAUCAAAAGAUGUGCUACGUAAUUCAACGCUGUCUAUAGGCAGGCCGCAAAGAGCGGACGACAUUUAACGAGACAUAGUUUAUAUCAGUUCAUUUUAUAUUCUCCUAAACUGUGAACAUGAUCUUUCUCAUGAACAAUUUGUUACUGUUAAACACAGGAACACUCGCACUAUUGAUUCCAUAUUUGAGAAAACUAAUUCGAUCUUGUCUUGAAAGAUGAUUGAUACUCAUCUUUGUGCAUGUAAUGUUAUUUUUCAGGAUAAUUCUACUUAACAUAGUCAUUGAGGCGCUCAGUUCAUUCGAGAGAUUAAUUUCAACAUGGUGUUGAUACUCUUUUUAAAAAGUAUCAACUUCCUGACAUUACUUUACUUCUGAUGUAGUUAAUCAACUAAGAGGGACAAUUUAUUUGCAACAUAAUUGCAGACUCUUGCUCGUCUCGUUAACUGUGCCUCAUGUCUGUGAUAUCAAUGAAUGUCUAUGAUAUCAAUGAACUUCUAUAAUAUCAAUGAAUGUCUAUGAUAUCAAUGCACUUCUAUAAUAUCAAUGAAUGUCUAUGAUAUCAAUGAAUGUCUAUGAUAUCAAUGAAUGUCUAUGAUAUCAAUGAACGUGUAUGGUAUCAACGAAUGUCUAUGCUAUCAAUGAAUGUCUAUGAUAUCAAUAAAUGUCUACGAUAUCAAUGAAUGUCUAUGAUAUCAAUAAAUAUAUAUAAUAUCAAUGAAUGUCUAUGAUAUCAAUGAACGUGUAUGGUAUCAACGAAUGUCAAUGAUAUCAAUGAAUGUCUAUGAUAUCAAUAAAUGUCUACGAUAUCAAAGAAUGUC